AUGGAGAUUUAUAUGCGUCUCAACAGCGACCUUGAGAGGGACUACGCAUUUCAAGUUAAUGACGAAGACACCAUUAAUUUGAAGCUAAAACCGUUAUUUGAUGAACAGAACGGUUUGGCAAAGUAUAUGGUUUUAAGACCCUCUAUAUUUUUCAAGAGCAAGCCUCAUAAGUUUUAUAAGUCAGUUCAUCCCGGGUUUUUGACUGAGAAUGGGUGCUUGCUGUUUGACUAUGACGCAGAUGAAAAACCUUAUGUUGAAGAACUGGACGUUAAUAAGCCUAUUAGUGAACAGUUAUGGCCAGGGCAGUUGGUUCUUCCAAAGUUUGAAAAAUCGUGGACAGCAAUUGUUACUUAUGUCCUGAUUAUGAUUGGGUGGUUGUAUACUGAUUUACCUGACGUUAUUUCCCCCACACCGGGAAUCUGUCUGACAAACCAAAUUACGAAAGCGGUGAUUAUCGUCAUUGGAAAACUUGGACAUGAGGAUGUUGUGGAAAGGUUAACUGCGGAGAUCUAUGAGACAACUGGGUUGCUUGCACAAUGGUUAUUCUUCGCGAUUCACAUAUUGAAAAUUAUGUUCAUAACGUUUUUCUUUGUUACUGGUAUGAUUAACCCCAUUUCAUUUAAUCCUGUUAAAGUUUAUGCAACCAGGUCUAUUUUCACAGGGAAAGAAAAUGAGCAUUUGACCAAGAUUCUAAGAUCCGUUGGAUGGGUUGGAGUUAAAAGAGCCACUUAUGAUAACUACAAGGAGACAUAUUAUAAGUAUGUAAUCGAAAGGGCUGGAGGAACAGUUCCUGCAUACAGGGCUGGGAUUUUGAAGGAUGCAUUGAAUCCUGGUGUUAUGUUGGGUGCUGGCGAAGGCUUUCAGUCACCAAUUAAGGACAGGGCUAUAAACAAGACUUUCGAAAUCAUGGAAGAAUCCCACAAGUUUGUGUUAUCUGAAGAAUAUUUUUCAGAAUUGGAACAGAAUCUCAAGCGUAACGUUGAAACUUGCAAAGAAGAUAUGUCUAAGAUCAACGCGGAGAUUGCAAGAUUUAGAAAGUUUGGUCUCUUUGAGUCCGGCGAGAAAUUAUCCAAAUUAGUUCAGCAAAGAAAGGAAGUUACGCCAUCUUCCAAGCUUCCAAAGGAAGUUCUUAAGUCACAGAAAAAACAGAACUAA